CUUUAUAGAAUCGAAAGGCUACCGGUCGGUGGUGGUAGACGCAGACUUUUGAAUGCUGAGCAGGAGGCAGCCAUUGUGAACAUGGUUCUGGCAAAUAAUGCCAUUAGGCUGCGUGAAAUCAGGGCAGCAGUGAUUGCAGAUCAGGGGGUAUUUCGAAAUGUAAAUACUGUGAGUGAGACAACAAUUGCCCGUGUCCUCAGUAGGAACAACAUGGCUAUGAAACAGCUCUACAGAGUUCCCUUCCAGAGGAACUCUGAUGCUGUGAAGGAGGCCAGAUGCCAAUAUGUGGAGCGUAUCAUGGAGCUUGAAGCUGAGGGGGCACAUCAUAUUUUCAUCUAUGUCGAUGAAGCCGGCUUCAACCUCUGUAAAGUGAGGCGCUGUGGGAGGAACCUCAUUGGGCAUAGGGCCACUAUUACAGUUCCAGGGCAGAGGGGCACCAACAUUACUAUGUGUGCUGCUAUUUCUAAUGAUGGCAUCCUCAGCCAUAUUCCAGCUGUUGGCCCCUACAAUAGUGAGCGCCUCAUUGCAUUCUUGGACACCCGGCAUGACAGGCUCAUCCCGCCUCAGGAAAGAGGGCUGUUGAGGCCUGGCAUGCCACUGUUUGUAAUCAUCUGGGACAAUGUGGCAUUCCACCACUCUCAUGUGGUGAAUGAGUGGUUUGUGGGGCACCCGAGGAUGAUGAUGCAAUUCCUUCCUCCAUACUCUCCAUUUUUAAAUCCUAUAGAGGAAUUCUUCAGUGCAGGGAGAUGGAAGAUAGAUGUUGGUCACCAGAUGGAGCUGCAGUUUCUCACAUCUUCAGCACUGAGCUCGGUGUUAAAUUGA